AUGGGUCAGACCUUGUCCGAGCCCGUGGUCGAUAAGACUUCCGCUGAAGGUCAAGAUGAGUGCUGUAUAUACGGUGUUUCCGCCAUGCAGGGUUGGCGAAUCAGCAUGGAGGAUGCCCAUGCUGCCGUCCUCGACCUGCAGGCCAAGUACUCGGACCAGGAUGAAAAGCCGACCGACCCCGAUAAACGACUCGCUUUCUUCGGUGUAUAUGACGGGCACGGUGGAGACAAAGUAGCAUUAUUCGCCGGAGAGAACGUCCACAAGAUUGUCGCGAAGCAGGACUCCUUUGCCAAAGGUGAUAUCGAACAGGCCCUGAAGGAUGGCUUCCUCGCUACCGACCGGGCUAUUUUGGAAGACCCGAAGUAUGAGGAGGAAGUGUCUGGCUGCACCGCAGCCGUCAGCGUUAUCUCGAAGCACAAGAUCUGGGUGGCCAAUGCUGGUGAUUCUCGCUCUGUCCUGGGUGUCAAGGGCCGCGCGAAGCCUCUUUCAUUUGACCACAAGCCUCAGAACGAAGGCGAGAAGGCUCGUAUCAGCGCUGCUGGUGGUUUCGUUGACUUUGGCCGUGUCAACGGCAACCUGGCCCUGUCGCGGGCCAUUGGUGACUUCGAGUUCAAGAAGAGCCCCGAGUUGUCUCCUGAGCAGCAAAUCGUCACUGCCUAUCCCGACGUCACUGUGCACGAUCUCAGUGACGAUGACGAGUUCCUCGUAAUUGCCUGUGACGGUAUCUGGGAUUGUCAGUCCUCCCAAUCAGUGGUAGAAUUCGUCCGCCGUGGGAUUGCCGCGAAGCAGGACUUGUAUCGGAUCUGUGAGAACAUGAUGGACAACUGCCUGGCCUCCAACAGUGAAACCGGUGGUGUUGGCUGUGACAACAUGACGAUGGUUAUCAUCGGUCUCCUUAACGGUAGGACCAAAGAGGAGUGGUACAACCAGAUCGCUGAGCGCGUGGCGAACGGCGACGGCCCUUGCGCUCCGCCCGAGUACGCUGAGUUCCGCGGCCCCGGUAUCCGGAAUCAAUUUGAGGAGAACCCGGAUGACUUUGACAUGGAAAACGACCGUGCGCGUGGCUUCAGCGUCCGCUCUGGCCGCAUCAUCCUCUUGGGGGACGGCACUGAAUUGAUUCCGGAACAGAACGAUGACGAACUCUUUGAUCAGGCUGAGGAAGACCAGGACCUUGUCAAUCAGGUGCACCGUGAUUCACCUGAUGCGGCUCGGAAUGAACGGGUGGGAACUCCUGGGCCUCAGUCUAAGGACACUCCCCGAACGGACGCCGCUGAGAUAUCGGAGUCGCCGUCUACCACCGCGGAGGGUUCGUCCGGCAGUGCCCCUGGAACGCCGCAAAAGCCUACGAGUUCGUAG